AUGUGGAUCCCUCUGCUGGUGGUGCUGUUGGCUCUGCUCUUCCUGUACAGAUGGCACAGACAGAGCCAAAUACUCAAUAAUCUCGCAGAUAAAUACGUGCUGAUCACUGGAUGCGACUCUGGGUUUGGGAACCUGCUGGCAAAGCAGCUGGACAAGCGAGGACUACUAGUACUGGCAGCUUGUCUGACAAAGAAGGGGACUGAGAAUCUGAGGAAGGAGACAUCCAGCAGACUUCAGACAGUAAUCCUGGAUGUAACUGAUAGCCAGAGUGUGAGCUCUGCUACCAAGUGGGUGAAAGACUGUGUUGGAAGUGCAGGGCUGUGGGGUUUAGUAAAUAAUGCUGGUUUUGGAUUUUCUAUUGCUCCUAACGAAUGGCAAAGAAAAGAAGAUUUUCUUAAGGUCCUUCAGGUGAAUUUGUUGGGAACGAUUGAUGUGACUUUAAACCUACUCCCUCUCAUCAGAAGAUCCCAUGGACGAAUAGUCAACAUGUCAAGUGCUUUGGGAAGGCUGUCUAUGGUUGGUGGAGGAUACUGCAUCUCAAAGUACGGAGUGGAAUCUUUCUCCGAUAGUUUAAGAAGGGAGCUGAGGGCAUUUGGUGUAAAGGUCUCUGUCAUUGAACCUGGCUGUUUCAGAACUUUAAUGGCUGACGAUGAAGGUCACAUUAAGAACAUAGAACGUCUGUGGGAAAAUGUUCCAGCUGAAACCAAGGAGUGUUACGGCGAGCAGUACUACCAACAAUAUAUCCAUUCCCUAAAAUGCCUGUUUGCAACAGCUAGUCCCAGAUUACACAAAGUCACAGACUGCAUGGAACAUGCCCUGACUGCUGUUCACCCAUGGACACGAUACUCUGCUGGCUGGGACUGCAAACUCUACUACCUCCCUCUUUCUUACCUUCCUACUGUCCUAUCUGAUUAUAUGCUACAUCGCUCUGCACCUAAACCUGCAAAGGUAUAGCCCUUUGUCAGUGUUAUAUGCAAUGCACUGGAAUAUUAAAUACACAAUGCAAUUUGACCUGAAUAACACCGGCUUACAACUUCUCAUGCGUACCCAUGGUUCUUUGUGGACUUGUAAAGCCAAACCCCAAAGUGGUUUGUGUUCAUGAUCUCUUCAUAAGGAUAGCAAUACCAAACCAUGUAGAAGUCCAUUUUAUAAAAAGUGACUAAAUCUCAGAACCUCUUUUGCUGUUGUGUAGAUGUGUUAAGAACGGGAGCUUUUAGUAGGUAUCAAGAAAAGUGUUUGGUGUGUUCUGUCAUAGGAAAUAAAUAAAUAAAAUAUUUCAGAUUCAAA